GAAGAACACAUUUCAAGAUGAGGAACCCUCUGAUCAGACUCGAGUGCGGCGUGAACAGCUACGACUGGGGCAAAGUCGGCAAAACCUCUGCUGCCGCAAAGUUCCACGCGGCUACAGCCUCAGACUUCUCGAUUGAAGAGGAGAAGCCGUAUGCUGAGCUAUGGAUGGGCACUCACCCCUCGCUCCCCUCCAAGGACCUCGAAACCAAGCGAAGCCUCCUCGAUCUCGUCCAGGAAAACCAGGCUCUCCUGUCACCUGAAAUCGCCCAGAAGUAUGAGAACAGGCUGCCGUUCUUGUUCAAGGUUUUGUCCAUCAACAAGGCUCUGAGCAUCCAGGCGCACCCAAACAAGAAGCUUGCCGAGCAGCUACAUGCGAAGGACCCCAAGAACUACCCAGAUGACAAUCCACAAGCCCGAGAUGACCAUCGCGGUCACUCCCUUCGAUGGCCUCUGCGGCUUCCGUCCCCUCGCCGAGAUCGCACACUUCCAUCAAGACCGUCCCCUCCCUCCGCACCCUCGUCGGCGAAGAAGAAGCCGCCAACUUCGAAAACACCAUCAAGGGCAAGGAAACCUCAGACAAGGAGGAGGAUGUCAAGGCCAACAAGAAAGCCCUCCAGUCCGCCUUCACAAAGGUCAUGAACACAGACAAGUCCGCCCUCGCCUCUGCUCUCCAAAGACCUCAUUGCGGCCUCGCCGAAUCCGAGGGCGCAGACUUCGCCGGCUCCGGCUGGCCCCUCCAACACCGGCAAAGAACUCUCCAGAACUCUCGACUCCUCUCGCCUCAACUCCCAGUUCCCAGACGACAUCGGCCUGUUCGUCCAGUUCUUCCUCAACUACGUCACCCUCGACAUCGGCGAGGCCAUGUUCCUCAAGGCCGACGACAUCCACGCCUAUCUCUCUGGCGACAUCAUCGAAUGCAUGGCGUCGUCGGACAACGUCGUGCGCGCAGGCUUCACGCCCAAGUUCAAGGACGUCGACACCCUCACCGACAUGCUGACGUACUCGUACGCCCCAAUCGCAGAGCAGAAAAUGGAACCCACGGAUUACCCACAUGUCAGGCACAAUGCCAAGGCGUAUAGUUCCAGCUCCAGUAGCUUGUUGUACAACCCUCCGAUUCCUGAGUUUGCGGUGGUAAGGACGGCGUUGAACAAGGAGGGCGCGAAGGCGACGUUUGACCCGAUUGAUGGGCCGAGUAUCGUGCUGUGCACGAAGGGCAAGGGCACGAUCAGUGUUGGAAAUAAAGAGGAGCGCAUUGAGGAGGGGUAUGUGUUCUUUGUGGGCGCGACAGCCGAGGUGGUGGUUACGAGUGAGACGGAUGCGGAUGAUGGAGAGGGGCUGGUUACGUUUAAAGCUUUUUGUGAGAUUGAGGAGGGCAAGGAGAAGUUGUAAGUCGGGACGAGGAGGCAUAUAAAAAAGUAUCUCCUAGAAAAAUGACUUGAUGCCAUUACGAAUCUCCUC